AUGUCCGCCGCUGUCGAAGCUGUUACCGCCCAGUUGGCAACCGCCUCCAUCGAAAAGGCCAAUGGCGAUCAUAUUGACGCUUCCAAGGAUGAAGCCGUCAUCGCCAGCGCCGCCGAGGGAAGGCGCCUCUACAUUGGGAAUCUCGCAUAUGCGACCACCGAGGAGGAGUUGAAGGAGUUCUUCAAGGACUACCUGGUUGAGUCGACUUCCAUCCCGACCAACCCCAGGACCCAACGUCCCGUUGGCUAUGCCUUUGUCGACCUGUCGACUCCUUCCGAGGCUGAACGUGCCAUCGCGGAGCUUAAUGGACAAUCCAUCUUGGAUCGCAAGGUGUCCAUUCAGCUUGCGCGCAAGCCUGAGCCGGCUGGCGAGGGCGCCAUUGGCGAAGAUGGUACUCGUCGUUCGUCCCAGCGCGGACGUGGUCGUGCACGUGGCCGUGGAGGUCGUGCGGCCCGUGGUGGUCGAACCGUAAGUCUGACCCACUCACUUCAUCAGAUUGUCCGCAAUGAGGCUGGCGAAGUCAUCACCACUGAAGGCGGCCCCCAAAAUGUACCCGGACAAGUCCUUCCUCUCACCGACGUCACGAACACAGCACUCACAGAAUCCAAGGGUACCGAGGGCGAGGCUAUCGAUGCCGAGAACGCUGGCAAGCCGCGAGUCCCCAGGGAGCGCAAGCAGCGUGGCCCCCCGGAGGACGGUGUCCCAUCCAAGACCAAGGUCAUGGUCGCCAACUUGCCAUAUGACCUGCGCGAGGAUAAGCUGAUGGAGAUCUUCGCGGAGUACUCCCCGUCCUCCGCCAAGAUUGCGCUUCGCCCGAUCCCGCGCUUCAUGGUCAAGAAGCUCCAGGCCCGUGGCGAGCCCCGCAAGGGACGUGGCUUCGGCUUCGUCACCCUGGCCACCGAAGAGAUGCAGCAGAAGGCUUGUGAUGAGAUGAACGGCAAGGAGAUCGAAGGCCGUGAGAUUGCCGUCAAGGUUGCCAUCGAUAGCCCCGGCAAGGAGGACGACGAUCUCAACGGUGAGCAGGUAGCCGCCGGCGAGAACGUUGAGCCUGAGGCCACUGCCACCGCCGAUGCCCCGACCGAGGCCCCGGCCACUGCCACUGCGUAG